GGCAGCAGAGACCAGCCUCACCUGUACCCAGCUGUGUGUCCAUGAAGAGUGACAGGUCUAUGGAUCUACCUCUCUUCUUCAGUGAUGGAGGAGGACCUUCUAGUGAGGAAGGGAUCAGGCAGCAGAGACCAGCCUCACCUGUACCCAGCUGUGUGUCCAUGAAGAGUGACAGGUCUAUGGAUCUACCUCUCUUCUUCAGUGAUGGAGGAGGACCUUCUAGUGAGGAAGGGAUCAGGCAGCAGAGACCAGCCUCACCUGUACCCAGCUGUGUGUCCAUGAAGAGUGACAGGUCUAUGGAUCUACCUCUCUUCUUCAGUGAUGGAGGAGGACCUUCUAGUGAGGAAGGGAUCAGGCAGCAGAGACCAGCCUCACCUGUACCCAGCUGUGUGUCCAUGAAGAGUGACAGGUCUAUGGAUCUACCUCUCUUCUUCAGUGAUGGAGGAGGACCUUCUAGUGAGGAAGGGAUCAAACGUCAGAGACCAGCCUCACCUGUACCCAGCUGUGUGUCCAUGAAGAGUGACAGGUCUAUGGAUCUACCUCCCACCUUCAGUGAUGGAGGAGGAGCUUCUAAUGAGGAAGGGAUGAGACAGCAGAGACCAACCUCACCUGUACCCAGCUGUGUGUCCAUGAAGAGUGACAGGUCCAUGGAACCACCUUUCAAUUUCAGUGAUGGAGGACCUUCUAAUGAAGAAGGGAUCAGACAGCAGAGGAGACCAGCCUCACCUGUACCCAGCUGUGUGUCCAUGAAGAGUGAUAGGUCUAUGCCUGAACCUUUCAAUUUCAGUGAUGGAGGAGGACCUUCUAAUGAGGAAGGGAUCAGACAGCAGAGACCAGCCUCACCUGUACCCAGCUGUGUGUCCAUGAAGAGUGACAGGUCCAUGGAACCACCUCUCUUCUUCAGUGAUGGAGGAGGACCUUCUAAUGAGGAAGGGAUCAAACGGCAGAGACCAGCCUCACCUGCACCCAGCUGUGUGUCCAUGAAGAGUGACAGGUCUAUGCCUGAACCUUUCAAUUUCAGUGAUGGAGGAGGACCUUCUAAUGAGGAAGGGAUCAAACGGCAGAGACCAGCCUCACCUGUACCCAGCUGUGUGUCCAUGAAGAGUGACAGGUCUAUGGGUCGACCUGUGGUGUUCAGAGACAAAGACAUUACUACUAAACAGAGGAUCAAACGGCAGAGACCAGCCUCACCUGUACCCAGCUGUGUGUCCAUGAAGAGUGACAGGUCUAUGGGUCGACCUGUGGUGUUCAGAGACAAAGACAUUACUACUAAACAGAGGAUCAAACGGCAGAGACCAGCCUCACCUGCACCCAGCUGUGUGUCCAUGAAGAGUGACAGGUCUAUGCCUGAACCUUUCAAUUUCAGUGAUGGAGGAGGACCUUCUAAUGAGGAAGGGAUGAGACAGCAGAGACCAGCCUCACCUGUACCCAGCUGUGUGUCCAUGAAGAGUGACAGGUCUAUGGGUCUACCUUUCAAUUUCAGUGAUGGAGGAGGACCUUCUAAUGAGGAAGGAGAUCAACAGAAGUCAGACCAGAGUCACCAUGACAACUUGUCUUCUAUAUUCACAGUGCUUGAGGAGACUGUCAUCAGGUUUGUGAAGGAAGAGCUGAAGAGGAUGAAGAGGAUUCUGAGUUCAGAUUUCCCAGAAGGCUUAGAGAGUCAGAGGGAGGACCAGGAAGUGGUGGACCCUGAAUAUCAGAAGCAGGAGAGCAGUGCCAGAGAGGGAGCUCUGAAGAUCACACUGCACGUCCUGAGGAACAUGAACCAGAAGGAGCUGGCUGACACUCUGGAGGAAAGAGAGCUUUCUCAUCAUAGACUCUCACGUAAACUCAAAUCUAAACUGAAGAAGAAGUUUCAGACUGUCUUUGAGGGCAUAGCUCAACAAGGAAACCCAACUCUUCUCAAUGAAAUCUACACAGACGUCUACAUCACAGAGGGUGAGAGUGCAGAGGUCAAUAAAGAACAUGAAGUGAGACAGAUUGAGACAGCAUCCAGGAAAUCAGCAAGACCAGAGACAGCCAUCAGAUGCAACAACAUCUUUAAACCCUCAGCUGGACGAGACACACCUAUCAGAAUUGUUCUUACAACAGGAGUUGCUGGCAUCGGAAAAACUGUCUCUGUGCAGAAGUUCAUCACGGACUGGGCUGAGGGACUAGCCAAUCAGGAAAUCCAGUUCAUCUUUCCUCUGCCGUUUCGAGAGCUGAAUUUGUUGAAGAAAAAAGAGUUCAGUCUGAUGGAACUUGUCCAUCACUUCUUCUCAGAAACCAGACAAUCAGGAAUCUCCAACUACGACAAGUACAACGUUCUGUUUGUCUUUGACGGUCUGGAUGAGUGUCGACUGCCCUUAGCCUUCAAAAAGAACAAGAGCUGGUCUGAUGUCACAGAGUCCACCUCAGUGGAUGUGCUGCUGACCAACCUGAUCAAAGGAAACCUGCUUCCCUCUGCUCUCAUCUGGAUCACCACUCGACCUGCAGCAGCCUAUCAGAUCCCUUCUGAGUGUGUUGACCUGGUGACAGAGGUACGAGGGUUCAAUGAUGCUCAGAAGGAUGAGUACAUCAUGAAGAGAUGCAGUGAUGAGAUCCUGGCCAGGAAAAUUAUCUCACACAUCAAGGCAUCAAGGACUCUCUACAUCAUGUGCCACAUUCCAGUCUUCUCCCUAAUGUGUGUGACAGUCCUGGAGCACAUGCUGAGAACAGAGAAGAAAGAGAAGAUGCCCAAGACCCUGACUGAGAUGUACACAGCCUUCCUGGUGUUACAGACCAAACAGAAGAAGGUGAAGUAUCAUGGGAAAACUGAGACAGAUCCACACUGGGAUGAAGAGAGCAUUAAGAGCAUUCUGUCACUGGGAAAACUGGCCUUUCACCAGCUGGACAAAGGCAACCUGAUUUUCUAUGAGAAAGACCUGACAGAGUGUGGCAUUGAUGUCCAUGAUGCCUCAGUGUACUCAGGAGUGUUCACACAGAUCUUCAGACAGGAUGGUAAAGUCUUCCAGGAGAAGGUGUUCUGCUUUGUCCAUCUGAGCUUUCAGGAGUUUCUGGCUGCUUUGUUUGUGUUUCUCUCAUUCAUCAACGAGAAUGAGAAUCUGAUGUCUCAGUCCACCUCAGACACAUCUGACGUCCACCUCUACAAGAGUGCUGUGGACAAGGCCUUGCAGAGUAAGAAUGGACACCUGGACCUUUUCCUCCGCUUCUUCCUGGGCCUCUCAAUGGAGUCCAAUCAGUCUGACUUACGAGGCCUACUGACUCAGACAAGAAGUAACACACAGAGCCAUAGGAAAACAGUCAAGUACAUCAAGGAGAAGAUCAGAAAGAAUCCUUCUCCAGAGAGAUGCAUGAAUCUGUUCCACUGUCUGAAUGAACUGAAUGACCAUUCUCUGGUGGAGGAGAUCCAACAGUCCCUGAGCUCAGGAAGUCUCUCCAGUGAGACACUCUCAUCUACACAGUGGUCAGCUCUGGUCUUUGUGUUGCUGACUUCAGAAGAGAAGAUGGAUGUGUUUGACCUGAAGAUAUACUCCAGAUCAGAGAAAGUUCUUCUGAGGCUGCUGCCAGUGGUCAAAGACUCCAAAACUGCUCUGUUGAAUGACUGUAACCUCUCAGAACGGUGCUGUGAAGUGCUGGCCUCAGCUCUCCCCUCCUCAGAGCUUACAGAGCUGGACUUGAGUAACAACAACCUGGGGGAUUCAGGCAUGAAGCUGCUCUCUGCUGGACUGGGGAAUCCACUCUGCAAGCUGGAGACACUGAGGCUGUCAGGCUGUCACAUCACAGAGGAAGGCUGUGCUUCUCUGAGCUCAGCUCUGAAGUCAACCUCCUUCCUGAGACAACUAGAACUAAGUAACAAUGAUCUGAAGGAUGCCGGCAUGAAGCUGCUCUCUGCUGGACUGGGGAACCCACUCUGCAAACUGGAGACACUGAGGCUGUCAGGCUGUCACAUCACAGAGGAAGGAUGUGCUUCUCUGAGCUCAGCUCUGAAGUCAACCUCCUUCCUGAGACAACUAGAUCUAAGUUACAAUGAUCUGAAGGAUGCCGGCAUGAAGCUGCUCUCUGCUGGACUGGGGAACCCACUCUGCAAACUGGAGACACUGAGGCUGUCAGGCUGUCACAUCACAGAGGAAGGCUGUGCUUCUCUGAGCUCAGCUCUGAAGUCAACUUCCAUCCUGAGACAACUAGAUCUAAGUAACAAUGAUCUGAAGGAUGCCGGCAUGAAGCUGCUCUCUGCUGGACUGAGGAACCCACUCUGCAAACUGGAGAUACUGAGGCUGUCAGGCUGUCUGGUCACAGAGGAAGGCUGUGCUUCUCUGGCCUCAGCUUUGAGGUCCAACCCCUUCCACCUGAGGGAACUGGACCUGAGCUACAAUCAUCCAGGAGAAAAAGGAUCGAAGCUGCUCUCUGCUGGACUGGAGGAUCCACACUGCAGACUGGAGAAACUCAAUGUGGAUCAUGGUGGAGAGUGCUGGAUCAAACCUGGUCUUAGGAAAUAUGCCUGUGAGCUCACACUGGACCCAAACACAGCAUACAGAGUCCUCUCUCUGUCUGAGGAGAACAGAAAGGUGACAUGGAGGAGAGAGGAGCAGCCGUAUCCUGAUCACCCAGAGAGAUUUGAGGACUGGGAGCAGGUUCUGUGUAGAGAGGGUCUGUCUGGGCGCUGUUACUGGGAGGCAGAGAGGAGUGGAAGAUGGGUUUCUAUAGCAGUGACAUAUAAAGGAAUCAGCAGGAGAGGACAGGUUGAUGACUGUGUGCUUGGAUACAAUAACAAGUCCUGGAGUCUGGAGUGUGAUGGUAACAGUUACUCUGCCAGGCACAAUAAUAAGAGCACUGCCAUACCUGCCCCCCCCUCCAGCUCCCACAGAGUAGGAGUGUAUCUGGACUGGCCGGCCGGCACUCUGUCCUUCUACACAGUCUCCUCUGACACACUGACCCACCUGCACACAUUCCACAGCACAUUCACUGAGCCCCUCUAUCCUGGGUUCUAUGUUCAUCCUGACUCCCCAGUGUCCCUGUGUCAGGUAGAAUAGCCCACACACACUCUCACACACUGUGCUCACAUAGAUGUCAUUGAAGAUUGAACUGUAUACAGUUGGAAUUGAUAUCCCAGAGUGUUUGUAAAUAUUGGUGUGUGUAGAAUGUUUGUUUUGUUUUAACCUUUAGAUGUAAAUAUUACUGAUAUUAAAUAUUAUUAAUAUCUCUAAAUAUUACCGACGCUUCCACCAGAGUGAGUUAUUUUUCCAAAACGGAAGCUAGCUUUAGUUAGCUUCCGUUACCUAGCAACCUAGCAUAAUACUCGUAGCAAUGCUACUACCUGCUAGUGUUACUUGUUAGCCUCCUAAUUGUACAUUUUGAAGCCAUACUACAGCGUUUGUCAUGUCGUUUUUGUCUAUCGGAAAAUAGUCGGUUGGAAUGUUCAGAAUCACACGUGCGACGUUACUCUGUGGGGCUUUCAAACUAUCGCACACGUGUGAUGCUGCUCCUUAACGGGUUAAUUGUUGACAAACAACAAUCCUGUCUUUGAUCUCAGUCCCACUGAAUGUGAUGAACUAAAUAGUGUCUUACUGCCUAAAUAAGGAGAAAUAAAGAUGUUUUAUACAGGAUGAUAGAAGACAUGCUGUGUGUUUGUUGGUGACCCAGUG